UGUUUCACUUUUAUGUAGCUUGUAUGUCCCGUUUAUAUAUAUUUAUUUACGGCGAAGAGUUAUUUAUUAUCACUUUCUGUCGAUUUUUACAUGAGGCCACAAGUAGCAACGGCGCUGUGCUGAGUGUUAGCAGCGGAAGUGGAGUUUGACAGCUAGCAGGUGGAAUCGAGUGACCAACGAGUUUUUCAGCAGUAAAUGUUUGUCUUUUGACACAUGAACAAACAUCUUUGAGGAUGUAAUAUCGAUGAGCAAGUUUAAACCUGGGUCCUUGGCGCUGAUUUUUGGACAGUUGAGACUAGAAAAUGUCUUUAGCUGUCUCACUGCUCCUCAUCGCUCUAUGUGCUGGCGGAGGAUACGGUGAGGAGGGAAAGCGAACUCAGAAAGCUGGCCAUGUGUCUGUGGUCAUAGUCGGAGGAACUGGAGACCUGGCGAGGAAAUAUUUGUGGCAGGGAUUCUUUCAGCUGUAUGUGAGCCAGGUCAGUGGUGGAAACACCUUUUCUUUCUAUGGGGGAGGCUUGUCCCCGUCUGAACAGGCCACACCGGUCCUCUUUGAGAUCCUGAAGGCGGUCACCUGCUCCAAGGACGUUUCUCAGGACCGCUGCGCCAUCCUGAAGGAUCAAUUCCUGCGGCUCUCGCAGUAUCGGCAGCUGAAGACUUUGGAGGACUACCAGGAACUGGCCCGGCACAUCGAGCAGCAGCUCCAGCAGGAGGGCAUGACAGAGGCCGGACGCCUCUUUUACCUCUCAGUCCCGGCUUUCGCGUACGCAGGUGUUGCAGAGAAGAUCAACAGCAGCUGCAGGCCGGCCGGCGGGACCUGGCUGAGGGUCGUCCUCGAGAAACCGUUCGGACACAACUACCGCAGUGCUCAGGUGUUAGCUACCGAGCUUCUGGGUGCAUUGAAGGAUGAAGAGAUGUACAGAAUCGACCACUACUUAGGGAAGCAGGUGGUGUCAAAAAUACUUCCAUUCAGGAUAGAGAACAGGAAGUUUUUGGAUCCCAUUUGGAACAGGCAUCACAUUGAGAAGAUAGAGAUUGUUUUAAAGGAGACUCUGGAUGUUAAAGGUCGGAUUUCCUUCUACGACGAGUACGGAGUGAUCCGAGAUGUCCUGCAGAACCACCUGACCGAGGUCAUGACCCUGCUGACCAUGAAGCUUCCUGCUAAUGUGAGCAACAGUGGAGAAGUUCUUCGAAACAAGCUGGAGGUCCUCAGCUCCAUGCUGCCGUUAGGAAAGAGUCAGGCGGUCAUCGGACAGUACCAGAACUACAAAACCGAGGUCCAACAGGAGCUGAAUAAAACCAAAGAACAUGUCAGUAUGACAUCAACCUUUGCAGCCGUUCUGGCCCAUAUCGAGGAUGCGCAGUUCGAAGGCGUUCCUGUUCUUCUGAUCUCUGGGAAGAUGUUAGACGAACGCGUCGGGUACGCGCGCAUCCUUUUCAAGAACGACGUCUUCUGCCUUCAGAGCCAGAACAAUGUCCACUGCAAACCUAAACAGAUAGUUUUCUACUUCGGCCACGGCAGUCUCAAAUAUCCAGCGGUUCUGGUCAGUAAGAACUUAUUCAAACCAGCUCUGAAAGGCGGCGAGUGGAAGGAAGUGACGGAGCACAAAAACGUUGACGUUUUGGGUUUGCAUAUUUCCGAUUACUUUGUGCAAACUCCGACAACAGAAAGGGAAGCGUAUUCAGAGCUCAUCUAUCACAUUUUUGCUGGACAGAAGAAUAAUUUUGUCAGCACUGAAAACCUGCUGGCCUCCUGGGAAGUCUGGACUCCGCUCCUCAGCGCCCUGAAGGGCUCCUUCCCUCGGAUCUACCCUGGCGGUGCCGACAACGGAGACAUGCUGGACGUUCAUCUGAGGGGGAAGGAAAUCCGCUUCUACAGCGAGGCCGUGAUCAUCAACCCGGAUCAGGUGGGAGGGGCGUCGGCCAGCAGCUUUCAGGUGAUGCAAGGGAAGUUUCGCAGUGCUCAGAUGGUGUCCGCCUGGUCGGAGGAGCUGGUGGAACGGCUGGCCGCGGAUAUGCAGGAAGCAGCCGAGGCAGCCGUGCGGGAGGGCGGAGUCUUCCACCUCGCUCUCUCUGGGGGAUCCACUCCGCUCGCUCUGUUCCACAGGCUGGUCCUGCGCCACUUCUCCUUCCCCUGGAGAGACACACACAUCUGGAUGGUGGAUGAGCGCUGCGUCCCGCUGACUGAGACGGAGUCCAACUUCCACAGCAUGCAUGAACACCUGCUGCAACACGUGAGGAUACCGUACUACAACAUCCACCCCAUGCCGGUGCAGCUCAACCAGCGGCUCUGCGUGGACGAGGACGGAGGAGCCCAGCUGUACGAGAAGGAGAUCAGCAGACUCGUUAACGUUUCCAGCUUUCACUUUGUGCUGCUGGGCGUCGGAUACGACGGCCACACCGCUUCUCUGUUCCCCGGCGGGAAACUGAACGAGACUGGAGGAAGUCUGGUGGCGCUCACAGAGAGCCCCAUCAAGCCCCAUCAGAGAAUGAGCCUCACCUUUAGCGCCAUCAACCGAGCUCGCACCGUCGCUCUGCUAGUGAUGGGCAAAGGCAAACAUGAGCUGGUCACCCAGCUGAGCCGAGUUAAGGACAACCUGGAGAAAUAUCCCGUCACCUGGGUGAAGCCAAAUAACGGAAGGCUAGUUUGGUAUAUAGAUUAUGAUGCACUUUUAGGAUAGGUGAUUAUGCACUGUAAAAACACAAACACCAAGUAUUUUCAAACUGUUUUCUAAUGCAAAAUAUCUUUGUACACCAGAAAUAAG